AUGGUAAAAAAGUGUCCUUCGAUACGCCGAUUGCGUAUUCUUGGCUCACCAAAGAAAAUUAAACUUGAAGACUUAAUAACCAGAUCCUAUCUAGGGUAUAACUCAUUCUGUCAGUCCAGUCUUAUUGCAUUUCAGCGUACAUCUCCGAAUCUUGAUUACAUCUGCAUGGAAAGUUGUAUAUUCCACCCAAAUGACAUUGGUUCGUCACCGCUCAUUCGUAAUCCGUCCACUGUUGUGUUUCUAUCCAUCGUCGAUGCGAAUGAAAUUUCGAUAACCGGAUCUUCUGUAUUUGAUCAAUUCUCCAAAUAUACUUUUUCCUCGUUGAAAUACCUUAGGCUCAGUAUCCGACAACCGGUGAAAGAUUCAACAGCCGCAAUUCUUCUGUCUUUAAAGUCCAACACCCUUGUGGAACUUGAUUUAGAAUUGAUGUAUAAUUCGCUAAAGGCUGAUUCGCUUAAAGAUCUUACCGAUCAAUAUAUCUCAGGUAUUAUAAGGCAUUCCAAAACAUUGAGAAAGCUUUCGUUUGCUAUUUUCAACGAGAAAGGCAUGGUGUAUCUUGAGCAACCUCUAUCCGAAGAUCAAUUUAAAAGUCUCUUCCUCCAAACAGGUUUCCCACACUUGGAAAACCUUCGUGUCGAAAUAAGGUUCACGUCAAUAUACAAUAGCCGUGUACUUUUCUUUAGACUGUUGCCAGCUUUAGACAAGCUUUGGAUUCUCGGAUCGCACUCAGUGAAAAAGCAUUGGGGUUUAGGAAAUACCUAUCCAGGAAUAUUUGAUGCUUGGCUUCGAAUUCAAUACAUACCAGAGUUACUCAUUAGAAAUUCACCGAGCUGUCAUUUGAGAUAUAUAAAAAUAGAUCAGUGUCUAUUCCAUGUGAAGCAAGGAAAUGCGAAUCCAAAGGACCAUAUUGACGAUUGGUUUUCACGCUACACAAGAGUCCAAUUUCCCCGUUGA